AUGGAAGUCUCGUCAGAGAACUUCUGGCGGCAGCUGCCGAAGAUUCUACUCUCGAUCGCGAAGUCUCGUUACGUUGCCAUCGACGUCGAGAUGACCGGCAUCAUGGACAAGGGCUCGGAAAACAGAUACGACAACUCAACCAACCAGCAGACCUACGAAUCGGCCAAGAACAUUGCAUCCAAGUUCAACGUAUUCGAACUGGGGAUCACUUGUGUUGACAAAUUGUCGGAUGGCACAUACAAGACCGAGACCUACAGCUUCACUGUCAGCCCCUACCUCCAUACAGAAACACGGGCUGAUGAAACGUUCGUCAAAGGCUUGGACAGAAGCCUCUCUGUAUCAUACAACACUCUCAAAUUUCUUCGAUCGGAAGGUAUCCGGCUGGAAAAGAUCUAUGGAAAUUGCGUUCCAUACCUCAGCCGCCAAGAGGCACGCUUGGCAACUCGACAGAUGGAGCGCCGACAAGAGCCUUGGGACGCCAGAGAUCAUGGAUACAACGAGGAAGACGAAGGCCUCGAUACAUUUUCUAUUUACGUCCUUGUUACGAUUGAAAAUUGGCUUUACACAGAUCCAUGGAUGCGAGCUACAGAUAUCAAGAUCCUCUUGCCCAACUCUGAAAGCAAGAAACUUAUGAGCGUCUACGAACAAAUUGUUCGUAGAAAGGCUCAAGAGCUUGUGCCACAUAUGGGUUGCCGUCUUUGGAAUCAUGGCACGACCGUGGUCAUCUCCCGGCGGGAUGAUGGACAAGAAGCCAAGAGGCGUGAGUCUUUAGAGGACGAUCUCAACGCAUCGUUGAGCAAGUACACAGGAAUUCGACUGAUCAUUGAAGCCCUUGUCGGUGGCAAGUUUGCCGACCUGAUUAACCCCGACCUCGUCGUCGAAGCCAUGUCUGGCUGGCCUGGCGAAGCACAAGCCUUUUGUCAAGAGGUUCAUGACUUGCUUCACCCCGCGUCAUCAGAACAAUCGGAAAAGCCUUCAGAGGGCGAAGUUAAUGAUUGCUACUGUCACUUGUGCUGCACAUAUCACGAUCCUGCCACAGGCUGCCCUAGUCCGUCCUCGGGGCAGAACGUCGAAAUGGCAUUCCAGACAAACUUGGCUACUAAAGGCAAGUGCCCUUGUACGAAGAAGAGAGUCCUCUCUAGACGCCGAGUUGGAGAUAAAGAGCGGACGCCCUUGGUGUAUGAUGUUCAUUGCGAACGUUGCUAUCCAGAUCUUGGCAGCGGCCGGCCAAGGACUGGUUCUUCCCCUCCCCAUAACGUCCGCUUACAGACCAUUGCUGCUCAAGAAGCUCACUCGGCUAGCCAUAGUGGCGAAUCUUCAAGCAGUUUGGAGGGAGUGGCCGACGGCGAAAGAGAAGAGGGCGACACCGGUACCCGGCAUAUCACGGCUGGGACAUCCAGCUGGUAUGACAGCGGGUAUGAGCCGACCAUUCGGGACGAUUCGUGUCAAGAUCUCGAGGAACUAUCCACUGAAACACUAAAGGACGAAGUAGCAGGUGCCCUCAAGGAGCUGGAGGCUUUUGGCCGAGGAUACGAGCCGAUCAUUAUCGGACACAACCAAUUCAUGGACCUUUUGUUCCUUUACAACACCUUCAUCGACGACCUCCCUGAUACUUUGGAUGAGUUUCGGGCAAAGAUACACAACCUAUUUCCAUACAUCAUAGACACGAAGCUGUUGGCCAUUAAGGACGACACGAUCAAGGGCGAAGACCCAUUGAUGGAUCUAUACAACAGGUUCGAUGGCAACAGAACGCAGCCAAGCAUCCAUUGGGAUGCAGCUUAUGGCUAUGGACGUCGUGGAACAGCCCAUCAGGCUGGCUUCGAUAGCCACAUGACGGCAGUUGUGUUUCUGCGAAUUGCCCACAAGCUCGCUCGCGAGGAACCGGCCAGGCUUGAGGGCCGAGGCGCCUCAUACGAGAGCAGAACAUACAGGCUGUACGACAGAGAAUGGCUGUCAGCCAUUGGAUACGAUUUAAUAUUCCUGGAUCACCUGCAAGACUUCCACAUUGACACACGGAGAGAUUAUAAUGCCCAGAAAGAGCACGUGGGUCGACUCAAUUGGCGGAUGCAGAUAUUUGACGGCAUUCGCAACCGGGUCCGGAUCGCCCCCCGCAAGACAGUUCACAUAGAAGGGGGCUAUUGA